CCAUACACACUUCCCCAACUCCCUCCCUAAAUUUUUCCUAACCACAUUCAAUCCCUACUCCCACUUCAUCCCUUUUCCUAUCAACCAUGUCAAACCGAUCCCGAAGCAUGUCUCAUGAAGAACUUGUGGCCUCAAACGCUGCUUUACAAGCUCAAGUGGAGUACCUAGCCAAAGAAGUGGCUAAGCUCAAAAAACAAAAGAUGUCCAUGCUACGAGAUAGUGAAGAUGAAGAGGAAUCUAGCUCUAGUGCCACCAUGAGAGCUAGGGCUCACGAAAAGUCAUAUUCUGACUUCAAAGUUGAUAUUCCAAUCUUUGAAGGAAAGAAUGACCCGGAUGAAUUUCUUGAGUGGUUAGAGACGGUGGAACGAGUCUUUGAUUUCAAAGAAGUCUCCGACGACAAGAAGGUCAAGAUUGUGGCCUUAAAAUUCCGCAAGUACGCCUCCACUUGGUGGACGAACACCUGCACCAAACGGAUUCGAAGUGAGAAGCCUCCCGUUGACUCAUGGCAAAAGAUGAGGAGUCUCUUGAAGAAGAAGUUCCUACCCACUGAAUAUUCCCGAGAGAACUUUGCUAAGCUUCAAACGCUUAGGCAAGGUACGAAGUCCGUGGAAGACUACACCCGAGAGUUUGAGGAACUCCUACUCAGGAACUUCUUCUUCAACAAGCUCCUCAUUUUGAGCCAGGUCUUCACAGGGGCCUUAUUCUCUCGCCUUCUUUUGGUGGAUAGGUUGGACCACCAAGUGGAGGAAUACUUCCUAAACUUCCAUGCCACGAUCUUGACCUUUUUUUCUUCGGGCACAUCUUUGAAAUCAAAGACGCGCUCAACAGUUUCCAGCCACUCUAGAAAGUCAUCCGGAUCGUUCAUCCCUUCAAAGGUGGCGGGUAAGAACUUCUUCUUCAAGAGGGACCUCAUCUUAGUCCAAGUAGACACUGGUUCCUUACCGUUUCUUCUUCUUUUGGUGCAAGUAUUGGUCCACCACGUGGAUGCAUACUUGCGGAACUUCAAGGCCACUAUCUUGACCUUCUUCUCAUCGGAAACUUCUUUGAAAUCAAAGACGCGUUCCACCGUUUCUAGGCACUCUAGAAACUCGUCUGGGUCAUUCCUUUCCUUCAAAGGUCGGGAUGUCCACUUUGAAAUCAGACCCGUCAUUAGUUUUGGCCUUGGUGGUGCUACUGGUGCUAGCAUCAUCCUCAUGAUCACUUCCUUGAAGGGUGCUGAGCUUUAUCUUGGUGAGCUUAGCUACCUCCUUGGCCAACCCACUACACCAAAGAUCAUUUGGGAUGAAUACGAUGAUGAGGACUAUGAUCCCAUUUGGGAUGAAGAACUUGUCAAAGAGAAUGAAGAAAUGUUUGAAGAUGCAGAGGAUAACCCGUUUUGGGUUACAGAGAUAAAAGAAGAAGAGCAAGAAGAGAAGACCGACGAAGAAGUCGUCACUCCUGACGGGGAAACCUCCACUCGAGACCUAUCUUCGUUAACGGUACUUCGUACCAAACGUGUUGAGUUUUUGCAGGCCUCGUAUGAAGAGAAGGUUGAGAAGAGUCAUGACUCGAAACGGUCCAUUCAGCCCGGCGACCUAGUAUGGGUUCACGUUCAUAAGGCGCGUUUAUUCAAUAAACGCAAGUCAAAGCUACAACCCCAAGACGAUGGUCCGUUUGAAGUGUUGGCAAAGGCUAUAUGGCCAUUGUAACACAAACUUUGAAUAUUAAAAAAACUCCCUUUUACUCUUUGAGUAUUUAUAAAAUAGUGUGAUGUUAUUUUAGCCAAAUUUCUAAUUCUAUAUCUUAAGAGUGGUUAUCUUAAGUGUGAGUUUUAGGUUCUAGAUAUUUGAUUAAGUGUGUCAUAUCUUAAUUAAAUUCUAGAUUCAAACCCCAAGUUAGGAUAAGAGUGUGUAAUAUCUCUUAAACACCAACUUGGUUUAUCCAUCCCUGAUUUUUCUUCCAUU